GGUGAUUUAUAUUCAAAUUCCAGGAAUUUCCUUAUGGUUUUUCCUUCUUUCACAGAUGACACUUGGGAAUCAGACAAUGGUGACCGAGUUCCUUUUCACUGUGUUCCCAAAUAUGCAUGAAGGUGGCCUCUUUUUUUUUAUUCCCUUAUUUCUCAUCUAUGGAUUUAUCUUAACUGGGAACCUAAUAAUAUUCAUUGUUGUCCAGCUGGAUGUGGCCCUGCAUACCCCCAUGUAUUUCUUUAUCAGCGUCCUCUCUUUCCUGGAGACCUGGUAUUCCACAACCACCAUCCCCAAAAUGCUCUCCAAUCUACUCAGUGAGCAGAAGACUAUCUCCCUAGUUGGCUGUCUCAUGCAGAUGUACUUCUUCCACUCACUGGGUAUCACAGAAGGCUGUGUCCUGACAGCAAUGGCUAUAGACAGGUACAUAGCUAUCUGCCAUCCUCUCCGUUACCCAACCAUCAUGACUUCCAAACUCUCUAUCCAGCUGACAGCUGGAUCCUGCCUCUGUGGUUUCCUUCUUGUGCUCCCUAAGAUUGCAUGGAUUGCCACACUGCCUUUUUGUGGCUCCAACCAGAUCCACCAGAUCUUCUGUGACUUCACACCUGUGCUGAGCUUGGCCUGCACAGAUACAUCCCUCGUGGUCAUCAUGGAUGCCAUUCAUGGAGCAGAGAUCUUAGCCUCCUUCCUGGUCAUUGCCCUGUCCUACACUCGCAUCAUUGUGGUGAUUCUGGGGAUGCCCUCUGCUGAGGGUCUCCAAAAGGCCUUUUCUACCUGUGCUGCUCACCUUGCUGUGUUCUUGCUGUUUUUUGGCAGUGUGGCUGUCAUGUAUUUGCGAUUCUCAGCCACUUACUCAGUGUUUUGGGACACAGCCAUUGCAGUCACUUUUGUUGUCCUUGUUCCCUUCCUCAACCCCAUCAUUUACAGCCUGAGAAACAAGGACAUGAAAGAUGCUAUCAGGAGGCUUUUCUGCUAUCAAAAGGCAGUGGGUGGGGCAGGGAGGUAG